GCUCGGUACCGGCGCAUACCGGUCAGUGUCGAUCGCACGCCGUCGUAACCGCCGCCACCGCGUGACUUUUCUGGAAUUUCGCCGCGACGUUCGGUACCGCUAUUUCUCUUUUAUUUAUGCGCCGCUCGAAACGCGUCAUCGCCGGGUACGCGCACACGAUAAGGGUAGUACUGUUAUGAUAUUUGUUCGAUGAUUCGAAUCAAUAUCAAUAUACGUACACCGGACCGGAUCUAUAUAUGCCUAAUAUAAAUCGACCCCGCUGUUUGAAAUAAUAAUAAUGUAUUGGCACAUGGUGUCCGCUCUUAAAUCGUGUGUGCGCUACGGAUUAUUCGACUGAAGAAAAUAAUCUGAUGACAUGUAAUAUUAUAUUGCACUUAUAUUAAACCAUAUGACAUCAAAUGUCUUACAAGUGUACAACAACUGCGGUGAUAUAAUAUAACAAAGGCGAUAAUAUUUAUAGGUGUACCCGUUCACAUACACGGGUAGUAUAGGUGUGUAGUAAGUUUAGGCAUUUAAUAUUAUGCCCAUAUAGAUCCGUAUAUAUUAUAUAUAUACGCGCGACGAGUGCGCAAACGACCAGUAUCGAAACUGCAAUAUUAUUAUUGUGAUAAAUUCAAUAUAACAUCGUACUUAUAGUUACCUAUACAUACAUUACGACGCAUUUAUAAAUACAAUACCUAUAUAAUAUUAUAUCAGUGAAUUAUGCGGCGGCCACCGCCACCGCCGCCGCUACCGUCGUCGGCGAUUGCUACGGCUGUGACUCCGACUGCGGCGACGAUCGCAACCUGCAGCAUUUGAACACUGCGACCGCGACGACGAUGGUCACGUGAUUAGGAUGCCGCGGCCGUGCAGAGAGACGUAUGGCGACCAAAAGCCGCCGUACAGUUACAUAUCGCUGACGGCCAUGGCCAUAUGGAGCGCUCCCGAGAAGAAGCUACCGCUGUCCGACAUCUACAAGUUCAUCAGCGACCGGUUCCCCUAUUACCGGAAGAACACCCAAAGGUGGCAGAACUCGUUGAGGCACAAUCUGUCAUUCAACGACUGUUUCAUGAAAAUUCCCCGGCGACCGAACCAGCCGGGUAAAGGGGCGUACUGGACUUUGCACCCGCACGCCCUAGACAUGUUCGAGAACGGAUCUUUUCUGCGGCGCCGCAAGAGGUUCAAAUUGCCGGCCGCCGACAGGGCGUUGUUGGAGGCUACUUUCGGCAGGCCUUCGUCGUCAUCCGCCGCCGCCGCUGACUUUGAUACCGAUUCGCCGCCCCUGCGCCCAUUGCCAGUCGGGCUUCAGAUGCCCCUGCCACUUCCGCCCUACCGGAACAAUAAUAUUGUUAUGUCAGCGGACGGAGCGACGUCGCCGAUAGGCACCGAACAGUCGUUGUCACCGCCGUCGAUCCACACCGCCAUCGGCGGCACCACCGCGGCCGUCGCGACCGCCACAUCAAUGGCCAACCACUUGCAGCGGCAGCACAAACCCAAACCAUUCACCAUCGAGAGCAUCAUCGCCCCGGGCGGUGCUUGUAGACGUCACUCGUCCGACGACGACCAUCAUCACCACGACCGAGACGACGGCGACGAUGACGCCGGGCCACCAGAUGUCCCACGGUCGUCGUCACCGCCUUCGCCACCGCCGCCGUCGCGGACCGAAAGGCCUCAUCGCCGGUAUCCGCCGCCGGUGAGUCUGCUACCGGGACAACCGCAUCACCUAGCCGACCAUCACCAGCAGCAGUUCCUCCACAAUGCCCACCAUCACCAUAAUGGUGGCGCCAGCAACGGAUACGCGGAGUUGUACGCGUACCUUAUCCAACAGCAGUCGUUCGCCGUGGCCACUGCGGCCGCCGCCGCCGCGUCCAGCAUAUUCCCCGGGCCGUCAGCCCCACUGCCGCCGUUCCACUACAUGCCGCACCAUCAUGUCACCACCGCCGCCACCACUGUCUUGCCACCGUUCCCGCAGCUGGCCAACUUUACAAACCUACACGACUGCGGUACGGCAAGUGUUUGGAAACAAUGGUUGGACCGUUAAAUUUUGCGAAGAGGAGACGAGACGAGGCAUAAAACUUCUUUUCCGCGUUGUAAAACUGUUUCAUAUAGACUUUUAAAUGGUAUAUAUAAUAUAUUUCUAUGUACAUAUACAUACUGUUGUAUAUUUUAUUAUAGCAUUUCAAUAUUAAAGCAAAUGUACAAAAUAAAACAAAAUUAUAGACGAAAACCUUUUAUGAUAAUCAGUGUUUAUAGAAAACAAUAAUAAUAUAUCGUAGCUUUAAUAAAACAUUAUGAUGUAUAACUUACUAUAGUGUCUAGAACCUACCUAAACUGUAUGUCUGUAUAUUAUAAUGGUAUUGUAUUUUAUAAAUUAACGCUGUCCGUAGUGUUUCGAUGACGGUGUAGAUAACUUUGCCAGUUGUUAUAUUAAGUCUAAAAACUAUUUACGAAAUAUUCGAAUGUAAUUAUAAUAUUUUAUAUUAUGUUUUUGCUUCUAUUAUAAACAAAAUAAAAACAGAAAUAAAAAGACAUA